CAUCGACAUGGAUCGCCUCAAAAGCGGAGAGGUCAACCUUGGGACCUCCAUCAUGGCCGUCCAGUUCGAGGGAGGCGUCGUCAUCGGUGCAGACAGUCGUACGACGACAGGGAGCUAUAUUGCCAAUCGCGUCACCGAUAAACUUACACAUGUUCAUGACCGCAUCUAUUGUUGUCGCUCAGGUUCAGCUGCAGAUACCCAGGCUGUGGCAGACAUCGUCCACUAUUAUCUCCAAAUGUUUACACAAACAUCUGGUGCCCCACCUUCUGUGCAUACGGCAGCUGCCCUUUUUCAAAAGCUGUGCUACGAAAACAAGGACGCUCUGAGCGCGGGUAUCAUUGUUGCAGGAUGGGAUAAGGACGCUGGUCCCAGUGUAUACAAUAUUCCCGUGGGAGGUGGUAUGUUCCGGCAGCCAUGGGCUAUUGGAGGCUCUGGAUCGACAUAUGUAUAUGGCUAUUGCGACGCGACCUACAAGGAGGGCUGGGGACGAGAAGAGACUGUUGAAUUUGUCAGAAAUACCCUGGCGUUAGCUAUGUCCCGUGAUGGAUCUUCAGGAGGCGUCAUCCGGAUGUGUGUUAUUACAGAAGACAAAGUUGAGAGGUUAUUUGUUCCCGGGGAUCAGCUACCAAAGUUCUGGGAGGGACGUGAAAUUGUUGGUGGUGCUGUUAAGAAGCUUGAUGUAGACCCCAUCCCAAUGGCAGUGGAAGUAUGAUGUGUAAAAUAUAAUCUCCACUUCGUUGAAUUUAUAGUGCUACGAUAC